AACAUCUAGAAGAAGAUGAAGAUUUGUUGUGGAAACUGAGUUCUUGCCGCAUCAAGGAGCCCAAAGUCAUUGGUCCAAAGCGAAGGCUUGGAACAAAAAGUUUCGCAUGCAAAUUCCUACAAACGACUGGAAAUGCCGCAUCACAAACGUUCCCGCUAUGGUAAAUCUGCAUGACAGUUCUGGAAUGGGCACGUUUUUACACACGAUGAAGACGCCGAGGCCCUCGAAACAUCAAACCAGGAAAUUCUUGUCCCGCCGCCGAGCAGAAGAUGAUGUUGACGAUGAGCAAACGGAAGAUCUUGACGCAGCUACAACAGAGCAAGUGCGGACGUUGGCGCAAUCGGAACAAUCGGGUGACCUGCAGGCGUGGGCGCAGGGCUCCUUGUUGGAAGACGGUUCUGGUGCAGGUUAUGGAACUGUCAGGAUCGAAAUCGUCAAAGUUGAACAAAUAGUUUGCGAUGCAUAAAAUGCAACCCACAAAGUGCCUGCCUUGCAUAGUAGGCAAGUGAGGCAGAUUGUAAGCCUGUUGAGGGGUGCUCCAACGGGGUGCUCUGUGCUGCUGUGGCGGAUUUUUGGGGGAAGGCCAUAGCAUCGGCGGAAGGGUUCCCCAAAAAUCCGCCACAGCAGCACCGGACACCUCCUGAAGGUGUGCAGUUGUCUGGUGUGGCGGAUUUUUGGGGAAGCUGCUGGCCCGUAAGGCCGAAGGCGGGAAAACCGCACCUGGCAGCCUCUGGGGGCCGUCUCGUUUUUCUGUCUGACACCCUUCUAUCGCCCUAGUCGGAAGGGCUACAGGCCCCUCGCACUUCCCGCGCUUUUUGCCUGUGGUAAGUUUCUUAAGUUUGACAGGCCGCCAUUAUUUCGGCAGCGCAGCGUUGGUUGGGGAGGUCGCCUGCAGGUCCAGUCCCCCGCAAUCCUCGCUCCGGCCAGGGAACACGCAGGAGACCAAGAGUGCUCCAGCUCGAGCACCCGCAGCUGCCAGUCCAAUCGGAAAAGAAAAAAUUUGAAAUUUUGGCUGUGGUGGAUUUUUUCGUUUGGUAUGAAAGAGAAGACUUUCACGACCCAGAUGAAGCAUGGCGCUCAUCUAGAAGAAGAUUUCUUGAGUUCGGUGUAGAAGUGUCAAUAGCACCUGCAGUAGUUGGUCGCUCCUCUUGAGCGGGCGGGUAGUUCAUCUCAACUGGCGAGCAGUGCUGCGCUCUUGUUAACCUUAACUGUUGUCCUUGUACAUACUGUAGGCAUUGCAAAAGUAUCAUACUCGUAUAAAUGUUGCCCCUUUCGCUGCCGGGGCAGCCGGCUCGCCGAGGUCCCCCUCCGCGUUGCCACGUCGGAUCUCCGCACCCGGCGAGCGGCGGACGACGACGAGGGGGGAGAUCCGACAUGGCGACGCGGGGGCGGGGACCUCUGCGAGCCGGCCGCUCCGGCAGCGAAAGGGGGGAACCUCUUGUCCACCCGGCCGGGUGGACAAGAGGUUCCCCGCGGCCCUCUUUUUUUAUUUUGUUACCCCGCUCUCACAAAUUUCCUCAGCAUGAGAAACGAAAUCUGCAAUGCGGAUUUUGCUUAGGAACUGGAUUUGUAAUGCAUGUUUGCAAUUACUACGAGUGCGAUACUUUUGCACAGGAUAUACUGCUUCAUUUCAUGUUUGUUCACGGCGCCGCAUGUUGAUCCACUUCCGGAACCACACGGCACCAGAGGCCCAGGCGACACAAGUAGUUCUUCCAGGAUUUAUUUUCGAUU